AAAUUUGUAGUGUAACGUUUUGUAACAGAGUGGCUGGCGUAAGAGGUCAAAAGUGCGAUGUUCAAUCUGCUAUAAAUUGAUGUCUCAUUGUGAUGGUCAACAUACAGCUAAAUGACCUAAUGAAGGAAACACCAACAUAAAGCAUCUUAAACGUCCAAUAGAGCUGUCUAUAUCUCAUUAUAAACUGGGUGGUUCGUUCCCUGAAUGCUGAUUGGCUGACAUACGUGGUACAGCGCACCAUAUGACAAACAUGUAUUUUUACUGCUCUAAUUACUUUGGUAACCAGUUUAUAAUAGCAAUAAGCAGUGAUGCUAAGUACCUUUUAAGUAUAAAUACUUUAAAGUACUACUUAAGUAGUUUUAUGGGAUAUCUUUACUUUACUAUUCAUAUUUUUGACAACUUUUACUUCACUACAUCCCUAAAGAAAAUAAGGUACUUUUUACUCCAUAGGUUUUUCCUGAUCCCUAAAGUACUCGUUACAUUUUGAAUGCCUAACAGGACAGGAAAAUGGUCCAAUUUACGAACAUAUCAAGAGAACAUGCCUGGUCAUCCCUAAUGACUCUGAUCUGGCAGACUCACUAAACACAAAAUGCUUUGUUUGGAAAUUAUGUCUGAGUAUUGGAGUGUGCCCCUGGCUAUCCGUAAAUAUUUUAGUUUUUACAAAUUGUUCUGUCUGGUUUGCUUUAUAUAAGUAAUUUGAAAUUAUUUAUACUUUUACUUUUGAUACUUAAGUAUAUUUUUGCAAUUCCAUAUACUUUUUAUACUUAAGUAUAUUUAAAACCAAAUACUUUUAGACUUUUACUCAAGUAAUAUUUUACUGGGUGACUUUUACUUGAGGCAUUUUCUAUUAAGGUAUCUUUACUUUUACUCAAGUUUGACAAUUGGGUACUUUUUCCACCACUGGCAAUAAGCCACCUCAGGGGUUUGUGUUAUAAGUGGUAUAUUAGUCAUAUACCACACCCCCUUGGGCCUUAUUGCUUAAAUAUCAAAUCAUUUCUGGUUAACAAUUAAAGACAUGCUCCGUAACUUUGGCAACUUUUAAGUAUUUUUUUAACCUCUGGGUUGGAUGUGUCAAUGUGUAAUUCAUACAUGCAUAAACUAUGAGCAGAAUUACUGUCUUACCUUAAUUAGCCACGAAAUCCCUAGUUUGAAAGCAACUUUUUCUGGAAGCUGUGUUGCGCCAUUUUCCCUUAAUUUUCACCCACAUGCGUCAGCCCCCUAGCAAUUCUAGUUCAUCCAAUGAGCUUCAGUCCCUCGCCAUAUGAGUGACAGCUAGCAAGAGGCACAUCAUGCACACAGUAGUAGAGCGGGAGAGAGAUUAAUGACUUGGUGCACAAAACAACACAUUUUCCACGACCACUUUUGGCUCGGGAGUGCUACUUGCAGAACUACUGGCUAAAAAGUAUACAAUAGUACCAGAGAAUAUCUUUAAGUACCUUACUGUGAUUGGGAUCCAUAAUAAAUACAAAUACAAAUAGCCACUGUAGCCAAAAUAAUGACCUGUCCAGCAUUUUUAUACAUGCAUAAUGGGAUAUGAAUUGCUUAAUUAACUUAGGAACCACACCUGUGUGGAAGCAGCUGCUUUCAAUAUACUUUAUAUCCCUCAGUUACUCAAGUGUUUCCUUUAUUUUGGCAGUUACCUGCAUAAUAGCAUUUGUUCAACUACAAAUGUGUUUUAAGUGUACGUUUAGCCUAAUUUCUGGGGAGAGAGCUGCUCAGGCCCUGUGCUUCUGUGCACCCAUGCAGCUUGUGAUGUUUCAACGUGUGUGUGUGUGCAUCUUAGUCUGUGUGUGAGUGUUGGUCUCUAUCAGCCGUGCUCAAGGAAGUGGUUUACCUAGUGUAUCUACAACGGAAGCUCACACGACACAAACUCCCAUCACUCUUUUCCUUGUCUCCACUCCUCUAUAGGCGUUCAGUUUAACUCUACAGCCCACCUCACUGUUUCUCUCUGUCUCUCAAUGUUAGCCAGGUAUCUGUGUUCACUAUGCUCCCCACAGUAAUCUUGAAAGGGACUCUCAUCAAGAAAUCUCAGCAGAAGCGAAGGACAUCGCCCUGUAAUUACAAGGAAAGGUUAUUUGUCUUGGACACCCAGGACCUGACCUAUUCUGAACAGCGCCCUGGGAAAAAGCCCAGCCAGAAAGGCUGCAUUGAGCUCUCCAGGAUCAAGUGUGUAGAGAUAGUGUGCAGUGAAGUCCCAAUCCCCUGCAGCAACAAGUACCCCUUCCAGGUUGUCCACGACAACUGCUACCUGUACAUCUUCGCCCCGGACAACGACUGUCGUCAGAGAUGGGUCCGAGCUCUGAAGGAGGAGACCAAGUGCAACGCAUUACUCCUGAAGUAUCACCCCAACUUCUGGAUGGAGGGGAGGUGGAGGUGCUGUUACCAGACAGAGAAGAUGGCUACAGGAUGUCAGGAGUACGACCCUGUGGGAUUCGGUACAGCUUCCAAGAAGCCUCUCCCUCCAACCCCGGACACACAGCGGCGGAUCUCCGACCCGGACCAGAGUGUGGUGGUAGCGCUACAGAACUACAGUCCCCAUGGAGACACAGAGCUGCCCCUUCACAAAGACCAGGAGUACAUCCUGACUGACAGCUCCCACCAUGAUUGGUGGACCGUACAGGACCACAGAGGAAACACAGGUUUUGUACCUUGCACUUAUAUAGCGGAAAAAUCCUACAACAACUUCAACAGAUUUGAAUGGUACAACAAAGACAUAACGAGAGGCAGAGCUGAGGAACUGCUGAUGACAGAGGGUAAGGAAGGAGCCUUUAUGGUGCGAGACUCCAGGCAUGCAGGCGUCUACACUGUGUCCGUCUUCACUAAAGCCCCAGGAUCCAACGGGCAGAAGAACCCGCGGGUGAAGCACUACCAGAUCAGACAGUCAGAGGCAGAGGAGACGUCCAAGUUUUACCUGGCAGAGAAAUACCUGUUCAUGACCAUUCCUGAGCUCAUCCAGUACCACCAACACAACGCUGCAGGUCUGAUCACGCGACUGAGACAUCCCAUCUCUCAGGGUAGAGAGAGCUUUCAGAGCCCUGCAGAACUCUCAAAAGGUCAGUGGGAGGUGGACCCGGCAGACCUGAUCCUGGGUGAGGAAGUGGGCAGCGGUCAGUUUGGCCUGGUACUCCAGGGGCGGUGGAGAGAGCGCAGGGUAGCUGUGAAGAUGGUCCGGGAGGGAGCCAUGUCUGAGGAGGACUUUAAAGAGGAGGCCAGGGUCAUGACGAUGCUGUCCCACUGUAAGCUGGUGCAGCUGUAUGGUGUGUGUACCCAGCAUUCUCCCAUGUGUCUGGUGUUUGAGUUGAUGGAGCAGGGCUGCCUGUCAGACUACCUCCGAGCCAGGAGGGGGCGUAUGUCUCAGGACACCCUACUGGGGAUGUGUCUGGACAUCAGUGAAGGGAUGGCAUACCUGGAGAGCAACAACUUCAUCCACAGAGACCUGGCAGCCAGAAACUGUCUGGUCUCCUGCAACAACGUGGUGAAGGUGUCUGAUUUUGGAAUGACCAGGUUUGUUCUAGAUGACCAGUACACCAGCUCUCAGGGCUCUAAGUUCCCCAUCAAGUGGUCUUCUCCUGAGGUCAUCAAGUACUGCAAGUUCAGCAGCAAGUCUGACAUCUGGUCCUUUGGUGUGUGUAUGUGGGAGGUGUAUACUGAGGGGCGUCUGCCCUAUGAGAACCGGUCUAACGGUGAGGUGGUGGAGGCCCUGAAUGCAGGCCUGAGGCUGCUGAAACCCAGACAGGCCCCAGAGGCUGUGCACCUCCUCAUGGAGUGGUGCUGGAAGGAGAAACCAGAGGACCGACCAUCCUUUGCUCUCCUGCUGCACGAGCUGGCCUCUCUGUCAGACCUCUGAGCCUGAAUGGACAAGCUAUUCAACCAAACCUAGUCUGCUAACUAGCUAUCCGGGGUAAAUCAUGGAAGAAUCAUUUGCUCAAUAAAACUGAAGAUACUAUACAAAAAAGACUUAGCUAGCUGUAUUUAUGUUAUUUAUUAACUUCCUUCUAGUUUCUAUUUCUUACUUUUUUUAUAGCAACCAUAUUUUUUAUAAAAUGAAGAAGUCUA